AUGGCCGAUCCCCUCUCUCUUGCUGCUAGCAUCGCCGGCUUGAUCUCACUUGCCGAUCUUGUCUUCAAAACCACAUACAAAUUCGUCAGAGCCGCCAAAGAUGCAAAGGAUGAGAUCCAGAGCCUUGUCGACGAGAUUAAUAAUCUCGCAAGCGUGUUGCGACGCCUCGAGGCUUUGACAUCAGAUCUGGAGGAUGAAGGACAAUCCUUCGACCCUACAUUGAGGAACCACUAUCUUAAUCACUGCUUCAAGACCUUCAACAGGAUUGAAUUAAGAGUCAAGAAAGCCUCAGAAAGCUUCAAGAAGUCCAAGUUUGACGGCAUCGUUCGACAGCUCAAAUGGCCCUUCUCAUCAUCGGAAACGAAAGAGCUUCUGGCCGAGCUGUCUCGACAUAAGGAAACCAUUAGUGUUGCCUUACUUGCCGACUCAAUGCGGAAGAUACAACUGUCGCUUUCAAAAUCCGAUGAUAUAGACAAGAAGAUUACGGCGUUAGGAGAGGUGGCCAGAAAGAUCGAGAUCAACACCAUGAUAGCCAUCAAUGACCGAAAAAAGCGCAUUCUUGAUCAUUUCAUGAAAGCGAAUCCACAACUCGCACUACAAACAAGUAUCAGGCUUCGUCAUUCAAUGACAGGACUUUGGCUGACUGAGUCGCCAACUUUUAUUCGUUGGCUUGAAACACCAGGCUCCAAGCUCUGGCUGACUGGCAUACCUGGAGCAGGGAAAACAGUCCUCGCUGGCUCCGUCAUUCAAGAGGCCCUUUCUCGCAGUUACGCUUCUCGCAGGAUAGGAGUGGCAUUUUUCUUUUGUGAUUACAAGGAAUCCAAAACGUGGGACACAGUGAAUAUCCUUGGUGCACUGGCUUCUCAACUUGCACGUCAAAACAAUGAAUCAUAUAAUGUCCUAGACGCGUAUUACGAAAGUCUCUACCCACCAAAAGGACUCCCACAGACUGCAGAUAUAGACGAACUACGAGCUCAGAUCAGCCAAAUGUGUGAGACUUUCGAUCAAACCAUUAUUGUGGUCGAUGGUCUCGAUGAGUGCGAUGAUUUGACUGAUGAAGUGGUGGACAGCUUGAUCCAGGUAGCCGCCUAUUCUGAGAGACUCUCAAUGGCCCUUUUCAGCCGGGAUCACUACAACAUUCGGGCACGGCUCGAAGAAGAAUUCGAACCUAUUCAAAUAGCAGCACAUACUGAGGAUGUUGAACUCUACGUCAAUGCCGAAGUUGAUAAGAGGAUUCGCACACGACAACUGCAGCUGACCAGUGCGCAUAUGAAAGAGGAGAUCCGGAGCGCUUUGGUGGGAAAGGCUGAUGGGAUGUUCAGAUGGGUAGUUUGCCAGCUUGACUACCUGUGCAACUGUGCUCAUGACCAGGAGCGCCGCGAGGCUUUGGGCAAGCUUCCGCCUGAUCUUCCUGAGAGCUAUCGUCGCCUUCUUGAGCGAGUUAACAACUGCUCUGUUGGUGUACAAAACAUGGCCCAGAUGUGUCUUCACUUCAUGGCUGUGGCAGAUCCAAAGUUGACAAUAGUUGAGCUUCGACAAGCAGUCUCAACACCAGCGAUAGGUGCAACUCUAGACGAGAGCAAUAUUGUACCGGAAUACGAAAUACUAAAGAGGUGCAGCAGCCUCAUCCGGAAAUCUACAAAUGGGAAGUACUUCGAGUUUGCCCACUUCUCUGUCCGCGAAUUCCUGGAAGACGAGAAGGCAAUUUCUCAAACGACUGGCAUAGAAAAGUACUGGAUUGCCCGAUCCAUGACAAACUUCCUGCUUGCUAGACAGUGUCUAAGGUUUCUUCAGAUGGAGAACUUUGAUAAGAUGCCUGAUGAACCGAACAAGCAAACUGCCGCUAUCUUAUGGAUCAAGCUCACAAAAGAUGGACUCGGUGACCCCGAAAUUCUCGAGUUAGCAAAGUCUCUGUUCCAGCCUUCCAAGCGAGCAUAUUUUAUGUGCUGGGCUGUUGAGGUCUUCAAGAAUGUUAUGUAUGCCACUGGCAUCGGGACGAGAUAUGAACAACGGAAUGGGACUGAAAAACAUGCUUGGAGGAUAGUGAUGGUCCCUUCGUUUAAGCCAUUGCACAUGGCUGCUGCUUUGAAUCUUCCAGAGAUAUGCAACUUUUUGAUCAGAAAUGGUUCGGAUGUAAACUAUAAGCUGGAUUCCGCAACCCCUCUAGACCUCGCAUUAAUGUCUGUUUUGGCAGUUCCUGGACUGCCAGAAAUGAGUGGGGAGAAGGACCAACGUCACGAUCUUAUGAGGACCCCGAGAGAUGAAUUCUUACCUUCAUCUCGUCGAAGAAACAUGACGGUUGACUGCUUGAUGCAUGCUGGAGCGCGUUCUUCAGACCAUUUGAUCCCACCCAAUACGCUUUCCGUUUUCUCUAUCGCCUGCUUGUUUGCAUCAAUAUUUCAUGACCUUUACCCCGUUUUUCGGUGCUUGUGCGCUUACACCAUCCCCUCAGUGCCUGAGGUCAAGGUGCUUCAAGAAUGGCUCGUGGCUACUGAAACUUCAAAUCAUGUGGCAGAAGUAUCGACGCGCAUGCUCUUGAAAUUCCUUAGUUCAACUGGAGCAUACAAUACCGACUGGGGUGCUGAGAUGGGCCUGAUUGUGUGGAAUUGGGCCCAAGAAUGUGACUUCUCCCUAACAAGAGAUUUGAAUUUAGUCGGUUCUUGCGCCUUGAUGUCGGACGAUAAUUUGGUUUCCCAAAUUGUUUCAGCUGUUUGCAGCGACAAUAUUGAGCUGCUCAAGUAUUGCGUCGAAGAUAGGAGACUGAAAAACCAAGUUCGAUAUUCCGGUCCGGUCAACGGCCUUUUACACCUGGCAGUCAAGCAUAACGCCUUUAACGUCUUCAAAGCUUUGGUCAACGCAGGGUUCGAUCCCUAUACCUACAACGACAAAGGCGACCUACCAAUUCACUUGUGCGAGCGUCAAGGCAGCUCGCGACCCUUUAAGGUCUUUAAAGAUCUUGGAAUAUCUCUGGUCAGUCAAGACCGAGAUGGCUACAACAACUUACAUUACUGGGCUCAAGACCGUCCCUUGAAUUAUGAGUUUGUCAAUGGGAUAUUUGAUCUAGAUGCAGAAGAGGCGAUAAAAGGGCUUCAGACAAGAACAUUCCGUGGUGAUACGCCAUUGACUAUGGUGUUCAAAAGUGCUGGGGAGAGCCCAAGAAGUGAACACCGGGACCUUGACUUGAAUAGACUCUGCCUUCAGGUUCUGGGAUUCUUACAGAGAUACCACCGAGAAAAAGGGAGUGACACGAGCCUAGUGACCGGAACGAGCGUCAGCUGCCUGAGGAAGGCCUUUUCCGAGUUCGACAGCAUGAUAGGGACCAAUCCUACACCAUUGCACAAACUGAAUGCCUGGAUCUCUCUGAGUCAAGUCCAAUUACUUACCAAGCUUUAUCCAGAGGCGCUUAAUUCCAGACUUAAUGGCAGAUUACCGCUUGAGACGUAUAUCAGGUCUACACUCGACAAUCGCAAGGAUCCGGAACACAAUAUUAUCAUGAGCCUUUUCCCUGACAAUCUAAGAGACUCUGAGUCGAGCGAGAAGCAGAGCUUGUGGCACUUUGCCUGUUAUCUACCAGACAACGACCGGUACAGCAAGGCACGAUACAUGAACACGAUUGACUUUGGAACGAUGAUAGAAAUCAUGUUUCAACGUGGGGCGAUGCGUGUCUAUGAGGAACAAUUCAAAGAAAGUGGAUUGAAACCACUUCUUUCCAAUCAUCAAACCCCACUGAUGUCUGUCAUUCGUGAUGCCAUCCUACAAACCAAGUAUUGGAAUGGUAUACAAGACUCUGACUCGAUAUCUCUCUUGUUCCAAGAUGUGAUAAAUCGUGUCAACCUCGACAUGAUACGGCUCCUCGUCAAGUAUGGAGCCAACCCCCAUCAUCGUGUGAAUGGCCAAACACCAUUUGAAAUCGCAUUUAGUGCUCGCGUGGCGAUUGAUCUCUGUAGCACUGAGGAGGGAGCUGAGGUUCUCCAUAAUCUAUUGGAGUGUUGCAGCAUUGAGGAGAUAUUGAAGGAUUCUUCUGAAACAAGCAACAAUUCACCUCUCCAUACGCUUGCCACAUCGGAGGACGCAACCAAUAUCAUUUGGUUGAUGGAAGCGCUUGUGCAACGUGGAUUCGAUGUAAACAAUGUCGGGUCAGGUUUUCUUGCAACAACUCCUCUCGUCUAUCACCUCCAACAGUCUUCUUUCCAGUUUGCAGAGAAAUUGCUAGAAUUGGGAGCGGACCCUUCUAGGGAUGCGAUUCUCGCUUGUAUUGUCAGUGACAAUCUAUCGUUUCUACAGAAGAUUUUAAAUCAGAAAACAAAUCCGUCGGCAAUAUUCGGAUGGUCUGAUCCAGUGACCUUCAAUAUCCAGCAUCUUGACCAAACAGCAGUGGUAAAAAACGGGAACGCAUUCCAUUUGGCAUCAGCCUGUAAUAGCGUUGCAUGCAUGGAGGUUAUUCUUGAGUACGCUUCAGAAAUGGACAAGGCUUCGAUAUCAGAUGAAGGGCUAACACCAGUACAUAUCGCUGCCUAUGAAGGUUACGUCGAUAUCAUGAAGCUUCUUUUUAAAAAAGGGUUCAACGUGAUGGCAGAAAGUCGAUUUGGCUUCACUCCAAUACACAUGGCUGUAUUGGGCGGGAGUCUGCCUACAGUCCAAUGCUUACUUGAACAUGGUGCCUCUCAAACUCUAGAUGCAAACGGCAGGACCCCAAGGCGAAUUUCUUUAGAGCUUGGAUUCGACGGUAUCUACGAGUUCCUGGGAGGGGAUACUCGAGGUGGCUCUAAAGAAUUGUCAUCUUUUCAAGAACUCGCCGAAUCAGUUGAACCAAUAGAGCGCUUGGCAAUCUCGUUCGAAAGAGCCAUGGAAGAAGAGGACUAUGAGAGCAUGAAACUCUUGAUUUAUCAAGGGUGCCCUGUCGAUGUCCCACUCCCAUCAAGGCAAGGAUUGUCCGCACUUCUAGUAGCUUUGGAGGAAGAGAAUCUUGUCAUGGGGGAGUGGCUGUUGCAAGAAGGAGCCAGUGCUUUGCAAGCGGAUCUUGAGGGCGAAGUCUUGGAGAACGUGAUCGACAUAGCUGCCGGCCGAUCAAGUCUCAAUCCUUUGUUGCCAGAACUGUUUCUGAAGUAUCUUUUGGAAGGUGGCGAUUUGAAAUUUGGGUUUGAGCUCCCAUUGCAUGAAGCAAUCGACAAAGGGAACACCAAGGGUCUCGAGAUACUACUUGAGGUAGCAGAAGAGUACCCACACUAUAUCAGGUCCUCACACAUGUUCAAGGACGUACUUAGCUAUUUGUUGUUGAGGGAUUUCUCCUGCGAAAACAGCUGGCAAACCUGGAUACAUAGCGCAAGCACGACAGCACUACAUAGCGCUGCGUGGAAUGGGAACAAGAAGGCAAUCUCGCUCCUGUUGAAUAGGGGAGCUGAUAUUGAUGCGGCCGAUUCGAAUGGAUGGACGCCUCUCAUGUAUUCGAAAGAUGCUGACACAGCACAGCAUUUGGUCUCGCUUGGGGCAUCGAUGGCUGCAGUUUGCAGGUUCGGAUCACUUGCGUCAUUGAUCAACUGGUUUGGUGAUAGUCUGUUUGAUGAAGCGCACCCUGUCAGCUUGUCACGUUUACCGAGGGAGUUCUUGACUGUGUCAGAUCCACCACGAUUCUCGACAAAUUGUGAGGAAGUGUCACCCACCCCCGAAGCUUUGGACAAACUACUUAAGUUGAAGUUCGAUCUGCUGGGCGAGGAUGAGGCGGGUCGGAGUAUGAUGCAUUAUAUCUUGGGCGAAGAAGAUUUAGUUGAUUGGAUGUUGGGCUCUGAUCAAGAUCUAAGCGGAACGACCCCUUUUCCGUGGCACUUGGAGUGGUGUGGAUUUUCUGAUCUUGCUUUUCUAACCUCUUCAUUCGAGAGGCUUCAAAAGAAAGUGCCGGCUGACCUGUUCCGCAAAAUCCUGAAUCUUGAGCCAUCGCGUGGCUGGAGUCCUUUAUGCCACGCGGCCGCUUUGAAUCGCGUUGAUAUUGUCGCGAACUGUCUUGAGAUGGGCGCUGACAUCGACUUUGAAGGUUCCUGUUUUGGAUCAGCGGUCAUGAAUGCAAGCGCUUGCGGGAGUCUGGAUACCGUCAAGCUCCUCGUCCGCAAUGGGGCUUCAGUAACGUACAUGAGCAAGAAGGGGUUCAUAAGCUGUUUUCUGGUUGCUGGAACAGAAGCUGUGCGGGAAUGGCUUAUUUGUGGUCGAUUCAGGGACCAGAUGCGUGUUGCCUCUGAAAGUGACUCGGGGUGUCCUCAGGAGGAGGUUCCCUGGGGUGGGUACGUGGAAGCGAGAGUGUUGCUUUACGGCGGAAGAGCCCGGUGGCCCGAGGAGUCGACUUUGGAUUAUGCGAAGAGACUGUCGAAGAUGAAGAAGAGGUGGCAGGGGCAGGUUCUGCGGCUCUACGUCGAAGGAGCGAGCUCAUCCUCUGGCACAGAUUCGGAUACUGGAUCUGAGGGAGAUGCGGGGUCCAAUCUGGAGGUUGAAUUUAAGUCUGAAUAUGAUCUUCGGUCAAGGUCUAUCCGCUCGCAGCUCAGAUACGCGCCUUACCUCGUGUCUGAUAAUGGAUCAGGGUCCGAGAGUGAACUGUGAGAGGAAAGAUCAGGAAAGCAACGAUUCGGCAGCGAGGCAUGGAAUCUGGGAAGGAGGUGGUAUAUGAGUCAUGUUUGGAUGAUCUCCUUUUGUCACUUUUGUCUUGGUGAUUGUGUUUGCAGAGGAGUGUUUGGCUUGAAGAUUGGCCAAGUUUUGCUGUAUUUGCAAAGAAAAGGGAAUCAGUCAUGGGAAAAUAAAAACAUAUUAAAGCUGCGCAC